AUGAAAACCAAUAAACGAGUCGCUCCACCGUACAUUUACUUUCAGAUAGGCGAUUACGUCCUACCCGUACCCAACGAUAAGGCGCUUGACAUCGCACUCUCUAAGGACACCUGGUUUGCGAGGUUUAUGAACCGGGAAGAAACGCAAGAAUUAUUGUUGACUGCCAAACAUAAAUUUGACCAGGAUGUUGGCAUAUCACGGAACGACAUGAUCCUAAUCUACGUGCUGGCAAAGAAAGAAGAUGA